AUGUCCAACCCACCUCAGUACGGACCUACCGCCCUACCUCAAGGCGCAAACGAUGGUGGUGACGGCUCUUCUCUGGACAAGGCGACAUGGGUAGCUGGUAGCGACAAGAACGCCAGGAGCUUCAUUAUACUCCAAGGCAAAGACUAUGUACGCUGCAACAUGGGGGAUGCUCUCCAGUUCUACGACUCCGGCUACCGCGUAUUCGACCCGCCUACUGGUCGCCGAGUCAAGUUCCAGUACACGCAACCUGGCCGUCCCAAGUUCGGCGCUUUUGAGCACCAGUACUGGGAAAUACAGAUGGAGGAACAUGCUUCUCUUGUGAGGGGCGAUCGCUUGCCUGGAGAGGAUCUGGAUCCUGAGGAGGAGUAUGAAUUCGCAGGAGAUUCUGUCUUCGACCGUGCUGAACAACCUCCUUCGACUCCCUCGAGGAGUACACGUGGAAACCUUGCUACUUCUCCUCCUUCUGGCGGUCGCGGUCGCGGCAGCCCCUCUACUCCUCGAGGUCCUAGCUCUGGUGGUCAGCCAGGAUCUGGCCGUGGAUCAGCUGGUCGCGGGUCCAAUACUCCACGAGGUCGCGGCUCAGCCGGCUCCGGACGAGGUCAAGGAUCUCCACAGUCACCAACGUCACCCUCCUUCGGCAAGGGUAAGGGUCCAGCUGGCUCUCCUAGCGGCGGCUCUCCCGGUUCUGGAGCGGCCUGA